GGAAGGAAUCCUUUUUUCCUCGAACCCGCCAUCAUUAUCGCCAUCACUGACGGAAACAAGUUGACGAGCGGCGGAGGAGUCCAAGACGAGCUCCACCUGCCCCUCACCACCCCCCUCCCAGGAAGUGAGCUGACCAAGGAGCCGUUCCGCUGGGACCAGCGCCUGUUCGCUCUGGUGCUGAGGAUCCCCGGCCACGCCUCAGUGGAGCCCGAGCCGCAGGGGGGGGUCCCGCCCGACGACUCCCCCAUCACCCCCAUGUGUGAGGUCACUGGAGGGCGUUCCUACAGCGUGUUCUCCCAGCGGAUGUUGAAUCAGUGUCUGGAGUCUCUGGUGCAGAAGAUCCAGAGCGGAGUGGUGAUCAACUUUGAGAAGACGGGGCCGGACCCUCCGCCUUUAGAGGAUGCUCCGGUGGAGGCAAUAUCGAAGUCCGGUCUGCAGCCUUGGCACUGUUGCCACAAGCUGAUCUACGUACGGCCCAACCCAAAAACCGGGGUCCCCAUCGGUCACUGGCCCAUCCCCGAGGCCUUCUGGCCAGACCAGAACUCCCCCACGCUGCCCCCCCGCUCAGCACACCCUCACGUCCGUUUCUCCUGCCUGGACUCGGAGCCCAUGGUGAUCGAUAAGGUGCCGUUCGACAAAUACGAGCUGGAGCCGUCGCCUCUCACUCAGUUCAUCCUGGAGAGGAAGUCCCCGCACACCUGCUGGCAGGUGUUUGUGUGUAACAGUGCCAAGUACAGUGACCUGGGCCAACCCUGCGGAUACUUGAAGGCCAGCACGGCUCUGAACUGUGUCAACCUGUUUGUGAUGCCCUAUAAUUACCCCGUGCUGCUGCCACUGCUGGAUGACUUGAUCAAAGUGCACAAGUUCAAGCCGACCAUCAAAUGGCGACAGUCCUUUGAGAACUACCUGAAGACCAUGCCUCCAUAUUACAUCGGGUCCCUAAGGAAAGCCCUGAGGAUUAUGGGAGCGCCAAACCUUCUGGCCGACAACAUGGAGUACGGGCUGAGCUACAGCGUGGUCUCCUACCUGAAGAAGCUCAGCCAGCAGUCGAAAAUCGAGUACGACCGGCUGAUUGCGCUGAUCGGUAAGAAGCAGCCUCCGGAGGCCGGCAUGAAGGUGCGCUGGCGGGGGGGCGGCGGCGUGUCUCAGGCCCAGCGCAGGGACUUCAUCCAGCAGCUGCAGAGCCUCUCUGGGGAGGGGCCGCCGAUGCCCCUGGAGCUCAACAGAAAAGAGUUCCAGGGCUUCGAGCUGGCGCUGCUCAACAAGGGUUUGAAGCCGCAGAGCUUCAGGAACCCGUACGACAUCCCGCGCAGCCACCUGCUGGACCAGCUGAGCCGCAUGAGGAGGAACCUGCUGAACACCACCGUGUGCACGCUCCGAGGGCACGACUCCGACCAGCUCCACAGCGUGCCGAUCGCCCAGAUGGGAAACUACCAGGACUUCCUGAAAGCCGCUCCUCAGCCGCUCCGAGACGCAGACCCCGAGCAGCCCAAGCGCCAGCACACCUUCGGAAACCCCUUCAAACUGGACAAGAAGGGCAUGAUGAUCGACGAGGCGGAUGAGUUUGUGACGGGCCCUCAGAACAAAGGGAAGCGACCGGGAGACAGCAGCAACAUGACGGGCGGCGGGCCGAAGAGACGGCGCUGCAUGUCUCCUCUGCUGCGCCUCGGCAGAGCCUACACCCCCCCCGUAACCCCGCCCGCCAGCCCCCGACCAACAGACGUGGACAUGAGUGACGGAGUGUCUGAACCGGAACUGAUCAUCAACCACCUGAAUCAGAACCACUACAGCUCAGACGAGAGCUCGGACUCGGAGGCGGACCUUCCCUCGGGGCCCGCCGGCCUCCAGGAGAACCACACGCUGGCCUCAGAGGAACAAGAGGAACAAGAGGAACAAGAGGAACACGAGGAGCACGAGGAGCACGAGGAGAACGAGGAGAUCCAGGAGCUCCAGCAUGGGGAUGAGGAGGAGAACGGAGAGCCCGGGGAAGGGGAUCUGGUGCUGGACGAAGAGGACGGAGCGGAGCUGGUGAUGAUGGACGACGACCAGCCGUCACGAUACCUGUCGCCCACCGCUCUGAAGAAGCACAUUCACAUAGAGACCACGAAGGUCAACAACGAGCUGAGGACGCUCAUCUACAAGGAGAUCAGGAAACCCGGCAGACACUACGAGAAGAUCUUCCUCCUCCUGAAGCAGAUCCAGGGCACUCUGGACACCCGGCUCAUCUUCCUCCAAAACAUCAUCAAAGAGGCAGCCAGGUUCAAGAAGCGCGUUCUCAUCGAGCAGCUGGAGAACUUCCUGGAAGAGAUCCACACCAGAUCCAUGAACAUGAACCAUGUGGACACACUCUGAGACCGAUCAUUCCCAAAACUGAACUCUCUGAUGAUGAACCCUCCACUUCCCCAACGGAGACGAGACGAGGCAUCCAGCUCCGGUCGCGUACGUUUGCACAGUUUGACCCAAAGUCAGUGUUGACCCUGGAGGAUGCAUUGAGCGUUUUUCAGGGGGAAUGAGGAAGCAUUUUAUCGCUACAGGUGAAGUGUUGGUCUACUCAAGUGAGGUUUUCGGCCUGCAGAACAUUUGAGGAUGUUGUCUGAUCUCCGAACCCAUCCUGAGUCAGCCCAUUUUAGAUGUUCCUCAUUUUAAAAAGGAGGAGAUGGAUUAAACGAGGGCAGUGCAGGACUUUUCUGCAGAAGAGCAGAUGUUGACUUUUAUUUAUGAUGAUGUGAUUGUGUAGGAAGGGUUCAGGUUGUGUGUCGGUAACUCAGGGUCAAACGGGAUCCGGCGGAGAUGCUCAUAAAAACAUUCAUUUGCUAAUUUUUCCUCUUCUUGUUAGGACGGGUUGUUUGUGGGAGGGAUGAGUCUUGUUGUUCCGUUUGUUUGAAAAUGAACUUUCUACACUCCACUAACUGAAGCACUCCAAUGCGACGCUCUUAUAGGAGUAUGACUCGACUCAAGUAAUGAAUUUGUCAACUACUUACCAGACUGACAAUUGAUAUUAUUGAGCAGUAACUUAAGGAAUUGUAUCUGGAAACUUAAAAAAAUAUAAUUGUUUUUUGCAAUACAGGUUUUAUGAGAGAUCAACACAAAGUUAAAAUCACUUUCAAUGAUCCGACAUCAUUGGUUACAAAUGUUGAAAUACAGGGACAAAAAGCUCAGGAACUAACACGAACGCAUCCUAAUCAGCAAUAACAUUGGAGCUAGUUUCCCCCCCCCCCCCCCCCCCUCCAUUGUUAUCUUAAUUUAAAACCUGAAACUGUUCCCUGAGUGUUGAUGAAGCGAGGUCUCGGAUGCCAGCUUUUCCCAACGUGCUGGUCGUUGCCAAAUAACUUAACCCCCCCCCCCCCCCACCAUGAAUCUCAAAUCAACUUCUUGGCACUUAACCGUGAAUGCACUUGUGUACAUUUGAGAAUGUUUAUUUAUGGUAAUUUAAAAAGAAAUUAGAAGUUUUUCGAGAAUUCUUUGUCCAAUUUUCUCAAAUAUACACAAAUAAUCUGUAUUAAGAGGUCAAGGGUUGAUUUCCUGAUUCUGAGUGCAGCCCUCUUCUGUUCCCUCCCUCCUCGCACAGGGACCAAAUCUGCCAUACUUGUCUUUGUUUGUGAAGAGGCCGCUACCAAAAGAGUAUUUUGAAUACACUGUAAAGAUGUAAAUAACCCUAGAGUACUAUUUAAAGAGAAUGUUCAGUGGAAAAUGGCCUUUUUGUAAGUAUUUCCAUGAAUAAAGUUUCUAUUUUACACUGUGAAGGGCCAUGUAAAUAAAGUGUUCAGUAAAUGUGA